AUGAGCACAGGCCUGCACAUGUGCUCGAGUACGAGUAAUGUCUCGCAGCCUGGACACGACAUCUUUAGCACACCUGACAAUGACGAGUUCUACGCCGCCUACAAAUAUGAACAACUAGAUCCGUCCAAGCAGGAGAUACGUUUGCUCAGAAUACUCCCUGACCGUGGAGAUGGCACAGUCAAAUGCGAGUUACUAACCAAGGCACCCCUCGACAGCGUCACGAAAACGUACUCCGCACUCUCUUACUGCGCCGGCGAACCGAAGCGGACGCAGUGCAUCGUAGUCAAUGGUCGCAAAUUUAGAGCAUUCGCAAAUCUUGCACAUGCUCUCGCGGAGGCGCGCUUUUUCUGGAAGAAAACAUAUGGAACGAGAGAGCUUCUUUUGUGGGUAGAUCAGAUCUGCAUAAGCCAACACAACCUACUUGAGAGAUCUCAACAAGUCGCGCUCAUGCGAGAGAUCUAUUCGAGUGCAGAAGAAGUUCUCAUAUGUCUCUCAACACGGAAGAUUAGCAGCCGAGGCAUGCACUGGUUACACGACCUCUGUCAAAACGUCCCUCGACAAGGAGACGAUCUUGAUGAGCAGUACCGCGGAGAGAGCUCAUUCACUCUUACCUUGGGUGUUCCUUUUGUGCGGUUUCACUGGUUCAGGCUCAUCGAACAUCUACUGGACAGCGUCGCGAAUGCAAAGUUUGUCGAAGAUUGGCUUGCAGUAUACGACGUAUUCGAAAGCCCUUGGUGGACAAGAUCAUGGGUAUAUCAAGAGUUCAUGAGCGCGACCCGCGCUCAUUUCCUUUUCAAUAAGGAGCCCAUUGCUUGGGCAACUGCAUCGCCAAUCCUUGACACGUAUCUGUCUGUCGUUAGGCAUCUCAUCCUCGCAGAUGUCCUCUUCUCAAAGAUUCAAGAAAGAUUCGGCGCAAAUACACCUGAGUGUCACCGAAUGCUUCGUAUUCGAGAGCGGUCCAGCCGGGCUGAACAAGCAGAAGGACUGGUGGCCUGGAUGGUCGAGAGCAAAAGUCGCUGGUCUGGACCAACCGAUCUUGUUAGUUUGCUUUCGUGUUCGCGACAUUAUGCAACUUCAGAUGUUCGCGACAAGAUAUAUGCCAUGCUUGGACUCGCGUAUCCAGGAUAUCGGAUCAUUCCCAACUACGCUCCUGAGUGGUCUUUACGUGUUCUUCUCAUCCAUACUGCGAUGCGAAUCAUCGAGUUCGAAAACAGUUUGGAGAUUCUGACGCAUACGUCAGACAGAGGAGCGCUUACCAGUUUAUUGCCGUCAUGGGUGCCAGACUGGACUUGCCAGGAAGACGCGAGAUACCGAAUGCUUGUGAGAGAAAAGCUAUCCCCUAUAAACACCAUCAACGACCCACGAUGGAGUAAAGCCAACGCUUCGUUCCUAGAGCCCACUACCUCUGACUGCUUCGUGGCUUUGAAGGCUUGGGGUACUUAUAUCGACACGCUGAUCACUCCGGUCCAUAGGGACGCUCCGAGCGGGGAUCGAUUGGGCGCAUUUUACACAGUCGCUGGAAACACCGUGCUGUGUACCUCAGAAGCCCGUAUACAGGACCAACUCUGGUUACUGUGCGGGUCACAGAGGCCAAUGAUACUGCGACGAGGAGAAGAGGGAUAUUGUUUUAUUUGCGCAGCACAGACAUUGGAGUCGCUACAAGGGAGCGGCAUCCUGUUGGAAAGUGCCAUUAAGACUCUCGGAAUACAACAGAUCACAAUACGCUGA